UGUAAUUGGACAAUUAGCUCCAAAAUGCAAAUGGAGCAGAACUUAUAAAAAUGUCUCACCCUGUGAGCUGCUGUCCAUUUUGUGACCGUUUUGGUUCAUCUUGGGUGCAGCCCUGGCUGGGCUCUUGUGCUGCCCAAGGUGCAUCCACUGAGGCCUUUUAGGAAAUCCCUGCUUAAUGAACUCACCCUGUCUGCUCUCUGUACUGGGUCAGCCUUCACAAGGCAUCGCUGGAAUGAUGGAACGGGUGCAUCAGGUGAAAGAAACCUUGCUCAUGUGGGGCUCCUGAUAAAAAUCAAGAGGGUUUGCAAGAAGAGAACUGCAAGGGAAGGACUCACAGGGAGUCAAAGAGGUGAGGGUGGGUGCAUUGCCCACAACUUCCAGAACAAACAUGAUGUUCUAAAAUUGGCUCUGGUUUUAGAAGGACGUCAGAUCCCUCAGAUCAGACCCGUGAUGGAGUGGGUUAAUGCCCAAUGCCAAGACUGACUGAAUUCCCCUCUCACACUGCUGAGACAUGCAACUUGUGGAGAGAUUCUUCAGAUGAGUCUGCCUUCUGUGGUUUCCUGGAGUCUGGUGUCAGGCUAUAAAACCCUGCUGGGAGCAGGAUGAGACCCCAGAAGCAGCCCCACCUCGACGGGAUCCACAGAAGGCCGUGAUGGAGCACCUGCAGAGCCUCCUGCUGCCCCUGCUGCUGCCCCUCGUGCUGGUGAUGUGCCCCCCAGUCAGCAGCAAUCAUCCCUGGAAGUGGAGGGAGAGAGGAGGAGAAGCCAAGGCACCCUCCAGGACACAGCCCACCCCCUACGUGGCCUUUCUGCAGGGGAAGGACAACCACUCCUGUGGAGGCUUCCUGGUGGCUCCAGGCUGGGUGAUGACAGCAGCUCAGUGCCUCGAGCACAAACCUCUGACUGUCGUCCUGGGAGCCCACACCCCGCAAAGGAGAGAGGAAAGCUGGCAAACCUUCCAGGUCAAGGAGUACCACUGCCACCCAGGCUUCACGAGCCCCAAGGAGGGCAACGACAUCCUCCUGCUGAAGCUGAAUGGCAAUGCCACCAGCAGUGGCCACGUCAGGCCCAUUUCCUUUGAGAAGUCCAAAGUUCGGGGUGGCACCGAGUGCAGCGUGGCUGGCUGGGGCGACAGGACAGCCACUGUCACCGUCCUCAGGCAGAGGGACUGCCUCAGCCACUACCCAGGCCUUGCUGACAACUUGAUUUGUGGCCGCAGCAGAUCCUCCAGGGUACCUGAAAAGGGUGAUGCUGGGGAUCCUCUGGUCUGCAACAACAAAGCCUUUGGCAUCUUCUCCUACAGGCACAGCAACUGGCCUGGCUUCUACACACACAUUGCUCCUUUCCUCCCCUGGGCCAGCAGUGUCAUGAAGUCCUCGUGACCCUGCUCCCCCUGCAGAGCUCGCCCUCCAGAGCCCCAUCCUCAGCAGCUUGCCUUUCCUUUCUCCCUGGAAACAUCUGCCACGGCUCCUCGUGGACGUGGCAAGGACUUCUGCACAGCCAGGCCGAGCUCUGCCCGGGCUGGGGCUGGCACGGAGGGGGUGCCUUGGCUGGGUUUGUGCCCUGGGCACGCUGGGCUCCUUCAGGGCUGCCCUGACUGUGCCCUCCGUGGCUCCAGCUCUGCACAGGAGGCAGCAGGACAGCCCCAGAGCGGGGCCGGCAGCUGAGGGGAUGUCUGGAACCCUCAGGGGAAGAUCAGAGGGAUGCAAAGAGCAGCCUGCCAUUCGUGGCGUGUCUGGGUGUCCUCUGCCCAAGCUCUGAGCUGCAGGAUUGCCCAGGCUCCAAGGAGGACACUUCCAGUGCUCCACUGCUGCUGCCCCUCCCUCUGAAACCUGCUGCCUCCUGUCUCCCCUCCCUCCAGUGUUGUAAGAACACAGAAAACCAAUAAAUCUCAUCAGCAUUUGAAAGCCUUUUCCCUGGUGCCAUUUGGAUUUCUCUGGGCCUCUGGCUCCAGUGCUGAGCAGCUCAGGAGAAAGCCACAGCUCCAAGGGCUG